CAGAUAGAGUUCCACUCACAGGAUGUUGGAUGCUAGUAUUUUGUAUAGAGAAGAUUUGGAUGAAUAUGCUCAACAAGAUCCUAAUUACAAAUGGCAGCCUACUGAUCAAGAGUGGACACUAUAUGGCAGAAUGCAACCAAUCUUAAAAGCAUUUGCUGAGGUGACCACUGUACUAUCAGGUUCGAACUACCCUACUGAUAAUAUCUUUUAUCCAUACAUCAUGAAUGUUAAGAUUGUUGUGAACACCAACGCUGUGCAAAGUAAUGAUGAGAAUUUGAAGGCGAUGGGAAAGGCAAUGCUUGACAAGUUUGAUAAAUACUGGGAUAACACUUAUACUGAGAAUGCCAAUGACAGUGGGAGAAACAAAAGAAAGUUGUAUGGCAGAGAGAAAGGCAUGCGUGAGGCAGAAGACAUCAAAGCAGAGUUUUUUGAUCUGUAUGCUACCUAUGAGGUAGAAAAUCGACAAAAGGAGGCAGCCAACAGCAAUGAACAAAGUGCAAGUUCUAGGAAUCAAGCUACAUCUAUGUCCACAUUGAGCGGGUUUCAGUCAUUCUUGGAGGAGACAAACACAGAGCCAUGUCAGUCUGAAUUGACUUGCUAUCUUGAGGACAAAACUCAUCCCAUGGCUGAUCGUAAUUUCAAAAUAGUCGAUUGGUGGAGGUUGAAUGCUCAUAGGUAUCCUGUUAUUGCAAAGAUAGCAAGAAAGUUCCUGACAGUACCAGCAACUAGUGUGUCUUCAGAGUCCAGAUUCUCUACAGGGGGUAGAGUUUUAGAUGACUACCGCAGUUCCUUGCGCCCGAAAAUGGUUGAGGCACUUGUUUGUGUUGCUAGCUUCAUAAAAGGAUCAAAAGAUAACUGUCCAUGA